CUCUCUCCACCGUCCUUCCCCAUACCCACACAGCACAGCAGGGGAACUGCAGCGCGGCUGUUGAAGCAGGUAUGAAACCCAAAGCCUACUUCCUUCCUCAUAUGCGCGUCUCUCUAGCUAUUUUCGAGCUCUUUUAUGAACUCUGCAUUCUUGAAUUCCGCCACACCCGUAUUGCUAGACGACAUUUUCCUUUCCAUCGAGCCUCUGAUGGAGUAUUGGCUAUGAGAAUAGUGUUCGGAUAUGUUUCCUCGCUCGCUUCUUCUCUUUCGCUGUCUCGCACGUCGUUGUUCUGAAUCAUUCGGUGUUUUUUUUUUCUUAAUUACCUGAAGAGAAUCUGAUGUGCUGUUAAUUUGCGCAUUAUAGACAAGAUGGCGGUUCCUCUGUUGACGAAGAAGAUUGUGAAGAAGAGGGUCAAGAAGUUCAAGAGGCCCCAGAGUGACCGUAAGAUCUCGGUCAAGGAGAACUGGAGAAGGCCAAAGGGUAUUGACUCUAGGGUGAGGAGAAAGUUCAAGGGAGUUACAUUGAUGCCCAACAUCGGUUAUGGAUCAGAUAAGAAAACCCGCCACUAUCUUCCCAAUGGCUUCAAGAAGUUUGUUGUCCACAAUGUUAAGGAGCUGGAGGUUUUGAUGAUGCAUAACAGGACUUAUUGUGCCGAGAUUGCUCAUGAUGUCUCUACGCUUAAGAGAAAUGAUAUUGUGGAGCGUGCAGCACAGUUGGAUAUUGCUGUCACCAACAAGCUGGCUAGGCUCAGGAGCCAGGAAGACGAGUAGACAGUUGGUUGGUUCUGUGUUUUCGUGUGAUUUUGCUCUCAGUAGAAAUUUUGCCUUUAGAAAACCUUGGAUUUUGAGUUUCUGUUGCGGAUUAGUCUGAUACCCGUUAGCGCUCCCGUUUUGAGAUGUGUAAUCGACUUUUGGUCCUUGUUUUGUUUCCAUCAUUGGUGUUGGUAUUAGUAUCUAUUGGAUUUUUCUUGCACCCUCUUGUCAACUCCCCUCGCCCUGGAACUGUUAAAGGCCGAUUAAGUACUCGAAAAUUAUAGUUGGAGGUACCGGAAGAAUUUUGAUAACUCGAUUCCAAUAUCGUAUGUCAGAGAUGUGAUUGUAGGUUCCAUGGGUGGGGUGGAUAAACGGAGAAUUGUGAAAUGUUAAUGGAUUUGAAUGGUUUCAUACAAAUUUUUCUUAGAUUUUUAUGAUGGAUUGUAUUGAAUAGAAUUUAAGGUAACUACAAAUUAUUGGCCAAUUUUUUAAAAUGAUUAGUCAAAAUCUUUUAAAAUACAAAAUAUUAGCCAAAUGCUAACUUUGGUUAGUAAUUUGACUUGGCAAUAUGAUAGUGACUUGGAAGAGACACAUGGUAGUUAACAUUACUAAAUUUAGGGCUAAAUUGCAAGUUUGAUCACUAGAAUUACUAUAAAAGUUCAUGUUUAUUACUAAAAUUAAUUUAUUUUAUCCGUAGUCACUUAAAUUAAUUAUACAGUUCAAGUUUGGGUCACUCUCUGUUAGUCUUCGUUAACUUUAUCUGAUGUGGCAGUCAACUCUGAGUUUUGACCAUUAAAUAAGUGACGUGGCAAUUAAAAAAAAAACUUAUCUUUUAUUAUUUCCACCUCAUUAUCACAAUAAAUUAAAAAAAUAAAUAAAUAAAAUUAUAAUUAAAUUGAACAAACCCAAACAACUGCUAACAAACAAAGAAAACACUGCUCUCUUUUGAUGCUCCCUUCCGAUUGGCAAUGAACGCUUCAGGCGAACAAUUGAGAGCUCACUCUCUCUGAUCUAUUCUAUCCUAUUAUAUCUUCCUCGAGAUUGCUGCGCCAUCCAAUCUUCCUACAGAUUCAUCCCGUCGAGUAUCAGUCACGUGUUUUUUUUAUGGUGUUCCCUCUCCUCCCUUGGCUCUACCUUCCGCCGAUGUCGGGAAAGCGCACUCCUCCGCAGCACCCACACUCAACUCUGGCUGAAGAUAAUGAUUUCGUUCUCAUCUCUGGCUGAAGUAGUAGGUAGCGAUAGUGCUGUAGCGGUACAAGAUCGAUUGUGGGGGAUUCGGGGAUGACGAAGAGGAUUCCGGGUUGGGAUUGAACAAUCUUGGGCGAUUUCCUAGAUGUCGGUGUCGCACUUUAAUCCAUUUGCAGGCAUUUGCCUCCGCUGCUCUAUGCCUCUAUCACCUCGACAGUUUCCUCGCAGUACCGAGACUCUGGUAGGCAAGGAAGAGACCUCUCCGUCGACCCUACUUUCGGCGGCAGGAACUCCCUCAAAUUCAAUAUAUUAUAUGCAAAAAGUCUUUUGUUAACGUCCAACUAUAAACUUCAGCAAAUUGCCUUGGAAAAAUCUUAUAGAAACAGGGUAGUGGGGACACACGAGGGAUGAAGAGGAAUAUAAAUUGGGUGGGAAAAAGCAAAGCAAAGAAAAAGGUGGUCAGCGUUCUUCGUUUUGCCGAGAGCCUGACCCGGGGACCUGGAAACUCUCGUCCUGAAUCUGGUGUUCACCACUGUCAUCGAACAGAACCUCGCCUUCUCAAAUCUCGAGAGCCCUCAGCCGAUUCCUCUCCUGCGGUGGGGGAAGAGGGAAGCUAUUUCCCCAAUUGAUAUGCGAGGCUCGGAGAUCCCUUCAAUUGCAGAAGAAUGACUUUGUUUACGAAUUGGUGAAAUCAGUCGGGGAGGAAUACAUAUUCGGCGAGCUG